AUGGUCCGUGGAGCUGGACCACCAUGCACCAUCGCCCUCGUGAUCCCAUCCAUCCAUCCCCGGCACCGGCGCCAAUCAUAUAUCCACUCCAACUCCAAGCAAGAUAAAAUAUCCAAACCAACUCGACUCGCUCCAGAUCCGUAGCCUUGCACAGACUCGCGCGCAGUCCAGUCCACCCACGGCGGCGGCGAUCGAUGGCGGAGCUCAAGAGCCGGCGGGUGGUCCUCAAGGACUACGUGGAGGGCUACCCCACGGAGGCGCACAUGGAGCUGCUCCCGGCGGCGCCCGUCGACGAGGCCGAGGACGGCUCGGUGCUGGUCAAGAACCUCUACCUCUCCUGCGACCCCUACAUGCGCCCCAAGAUGUCCCGCCCGCUGCACCAGUCCUACACCGCCGCCUUCGUCCCGGGCGCCCCCAUCACCGGCUACGGCGUGUCCGAGGUCGUCCGGUCCUCGACGCCCGGGGUCGUCGCCGGCGACCUCGUGUGGGGUAUGACCGGCUGGGAGGACUACAGCGUCAUCAAGCCCCCCUUCACGGCCAUGCUCACCAAGAUCCAGCCCGACGACGGCGUGCCGCUGUCCUACUACACCGGCGUCCUCGGCAUGCCGGGCCUCACGGCGUACGUGGGGUUCCACCACAUCGGCUCCGCGAAGCCGGGCGACGCGGUGUUCGUCUCGGCGGCCUCCGGCGCCGUCGGCCAGCUCGUCGGCCAGUUCGCCAGGCUCAUGGGCUGCCGCGUCGUCGGCAGCGCCGGGUCCAAGGAGAAGGUGGACCUGCUCAUCAACAAGUUCGGCUUCCACGACGCCUUCAACUACAAGGAGGAGGACGGCGACCUCGCCGGCGCGCUCAAGAAGCGCUUCCCCGACGGCAUCGACGUCUACUUCGAGAACGUCGGCGGGAAGAUGCUCGAGGCCGUGCUGCUCAACAUGAAGGUGCACGGCCGCAUCGCCGUCUGCGGCCUCAUCUCGCAGUACAACCUCACCGCCGGCGAGAAGGAGGCCGACGUCGGCGUGCGCAACAUGACCUCCCUCGUGGCCAAGCGGGUCCGGAUGCAGGGGUUCAUCGAGCCCGACCACAAGCACCUCUACCCGGAGUACAGGGCGUGGGUGAUGCCGCACAUCAAGGAGGGCAGGGUGGUGUACGUCGAGGACGUCGCCGACGGGCUCGAGGCCGCGCCUGGAGCGCUCAUCGGCCUCUUCCAUGGCCGCAACGUCGGCAAGCAGGUCGUCAAGCUCACCACCCCCGACACCGAGUGACUCACAAGAUUGUAUUAGUAGCAGAUCAAUUAUCAACCGCCUGUCAAUCGUCAAGAAUAAACGAAAGGAUCUAUUCGCAUCGCAA